ACAGAGGAGAUCUGUACUCAGGUCAUUCACAAACAGCACCCAGACCCCGACUCCACCAUGAAGAUUCAAAACCCACAGAUCUUAAAGGUGAUUGCUGCUCUCUUGAAGAAUGCUCCUGUAGUAGCCGAGAGCAUGGAAGUAAGACGGAUCUUCCUUUCGGACAUGAUCAAACUCUUCAACAAUAGCCGAGAGAACCGCAGGAGUCUGUUGCAGUGCUCGGUGUGGCAGGAAUGGAUGCUGUCUCUGAGCUUUAUAAACCCAAAGAACAAUGAGGAGCAAAAGAUGACAGAGAUGGUGUACGCCAUCUUUCGCAUCCUUCUCUAUCAUGCCGUAAAGUACGAGUGGGGCGGCUGGCGUGUGUAGGUGGAUACACUCUCCAUCACACACUCCAAGGUCACCUUUGAGCAACACAAAGAAAAUCUGGCCCAUAUGUUCCAUGAAUACCAGCAGAUAGGUUCUGAGGGAGGGUCUGAAACCAGAAUCAGAUCGAUCUCUGUCACCAGCCGGGAUUCUAAUCUCCAUGCCGAUGCCAAUGGUGAGCUGCAUGCAGAAGAGACAGCUCCAUCUACUGUAAUUGAGCUACACGUGGAGGAGCAGUUUGCCAUUCAGCUUGGAGACAGUGAAGAGAGGAGGACCCAAGUCCCUGUCACAGUGUCCAAUAUUCUGGCCAGAGAAAAGGAAGAGAGACACACAGACCCAGCUGCAGCUUCACUAGAGCCACAAGAAGGGGUUGAAGGUGAAAAAGACACAACAAAACAACCAGGAAAUGAUAAUGAAAUGAGAAAUUUGGAAAACGAUCUGAAAAUGGAGGCUUACAUUGAAGGAGAACAUGAAACAAUAGAAAUAGUUAAGACUGGCAUGACGAAGGCUGAAAGAGAUUAUGGAAAGGACGUAGGGGAGGUUGAAGAGCAGAUUGAUGGAGCUGAUCUACAGAAAUGUGUAACAGAUGAUGCAAACACUGCACAGACUGCAAUGGAUGAGAACACCAAACUAGAAACCAAAGCUUUGAGGAUUUCAGAGGAAGCAGAUUGUAAAAUAUGCGAUACUGAAACUGAACUAAAUACUCAGGUAGAAGGUAAGGAGAAAGAGGCUCUCAGUACUGCCACUGAAGAUUCGUUUGAAGAAGCUACAAAAGAGAAUGAGAUUUAUGAAACCACUAAAGCUUCUGUCACAAAUGAAGAACACACUGAUAUUUCUUCAGUUAGCAACUCUGUGAAGGUCCGUGAUGACGGCUUGGAGGAGUCUUCUGCUGUUUCAGCUUCAGCCAGAGAUGGUGAAAAGGAUAACGGUGGUGCUGUGAAUAAAGAUGAAGGAAAGGAGAGAGAGAAGAUGCCAGAAACCAAACAAGAGGAAAAGUCAAUGGAAAAAGACACACGAGAUGAGAAGGACCUCUCCAAGGCAAAGGAAACCAAUGAUGCACCAGCCCCCAUGGUGGAGGUAGAUUUGAACACAGAGGGUCAGAGUGCAGAGCCACGAGCCACAGUGAGUCAGCCUAUUGAGGCAGAAAAGACCACAGAAGCCACAGCACCUCCUACAGAGGUAGCAGAGGCCACUACAGAGAUUAUUCAGGAUGUUGGGACCAACCAUGACACUCUGAAGGCAGUAGUGACUGAGAACUCAGCAACUAAAAUCAAAGAGAUUAAAAUAGCUAGACUGGAUGUGUCAAGUGUAGCCUCUGAUACAGAGAGAGUGGAGCUGAAGGAGACAUCAACAACAAACCUGACCCAAAACCAAGCAGCUGCCACAAGUUCCUUAGGUCAGGGCAACGGGAGCUCGUCUUCUGCAUGGUCCACCAUGUUCCAUAUCCCAAAGUUCAAGUGGUCUCAUGUGCACCAGCGUCUUCUGACAGAUCUGCUCUUCUCCAUUGAGACAGAUGAACAGAUGUGGAGAAGUCAUUCGACUAAGACUGUAAUGGACUUUGUGAACAGCAGUGAGAAUGUGGUGUUUGUGCACAACACUGUCCAUCUCGUCUCUCAGGUGGUGGACAACCUCAUCAUGGCCUGCGGAGGAAUCCUUCCUUUGCUCUCUGCAGCCACCUCCUCUACGCAUGAGCUGGAGAAUAUUGAGGCAUCUCAGGGUUUGGCUGUGGAGGCAUCACUGAUGUUCUUGCAGAGGCUUAUCAAUCUAGUGGACGUGCUCAUCUUCGCCAGUUCACUCACCUUCACAGAAAUCGAGGCAGAGAAGAACAUGUCCUCUGGAGGAAUCCUAAGACAAUGCCUACGUUUGGUGUGUGCGAUGGCUGUGAAUAACUGUCUGGAAUGUCAGCACCACACUCUGGGUAAGUCUGAUGCAGAGAGCAGCCGUGGACAGCAAAGCCUUCUGGGAGCCGUCAAGUCUAUACCAGCACAGCGCGGUCUAAAUAGUCCUGUGGACAUUGUAACUGGAGGGAUGUCUCCUUUUAGAGAUUUAGACCGACUGCUGCAGGACAUGGACAUCAAUCGUCUACGUGCUGUGGUGUUCAGAGGCAUAGAGGACAGUAAACAGGCUCAGUUCCUGGCCCUGGCAGUGGUCUACUUCAUUUCCGUGCUCAUGGUGUCCAAAUAUAGGGACAUCCUGGAGCCACACAAUGACAAACACAUCCAGCGCACACAGUCAGUCAGAAGCACAGAAAGUGUUCAGUCUGAUCUCGAGAAUGGUUUGUCAGCACGCCGACGAGACUUUAACAUGGAAGAUGAGAAGUCCUCCAUCAUCCCUAGUGAUGCUGACACACGAACCGGGCCAGACACUGUAGACAGCAAAGGGAAAAACAUCAAUAUGAGGGAUAUUUUGAGAAGCCUCGUUAGCGCACCAUCUGACGACAUCAUGGUGGACCCCAACCUCUUACCACCAGUCUUUCUGGGUGCGGUCGGGGAUGCCUCCCAUGAUCCAUCUGUCCAGUUCCACUCCUUUGACAGGAGUGUCGUUGUUGCACCCAAAAAGGUGGGCGUGGCUCCUUCACCUAGAAUGAGCACAGUCUCCGCCUCUGCUUCCGUCCCAUUAGAUACUGCUGCAUCCUCAGGUGGGACUCCAGUCAAGAGUGUAUCAGAGGUAUCUGCAGGUGAUACUGUCGAGAGCACAGAGUCUGCCACGGGAGGAACCAGCAUCAGUCUGCCAUCUGUCCCUGCUUUAUCCCCAAUGACCCAGAGCUCAGCCACCAGCAUGAGUAUCUCCGAGAGGUUGGAAAAUGCUCUGGAGAAGGCGGCUCAUUUACUCAGAGAGAUGUUUGUGGAUUUUGCACCAUUCCUCUCACGCACGCUGCUGGGCAGUUACGGGCAGGAGCUGCCCAUCGAGGGCACAAGUCUGGUGUGUAUGAAAUCCAGCAGUUCUGUGGUUGAAUUGGUCAUGUUGCUGUGUUCUCAGGAGUGGCAGAAUUCCAUCCAGAAGAACGCGGGCUUGGCUUUCAUCGAGCUUGUGAACGAGGGCAGGCUGCUGAGCCACACCAUGAAAGACCAUCUGGUGCAUGUUGCUAAUGAAGCCGAGUUUAUUCUGAGCCGCCAGAGAGCAGAGGACAUCCAAAAACACGCUGAGUUUGAGUCUCAAUGUGCCCAGUACACCGCUGAGAAACGUGAUGAGGAGAAGAUGUGUGAUCACCUGAUCAGGGCGGCCAAGUACCGAGAUCACGUCACUGCCACCCAGCUUAUCCAGAAGAUCGUGAACAUCCUGAUAGACAAGCAUGGGGCAUGGUCUCCACCAUCAGUCAGCAGACCGCGGGAGUUCUGGCGCCUGGACUACUGGGAGGAUGACCUGAGGAGACGUCGGCGCUUCAUCAGGAACCCGAUUGGGUCCACACACUCUGAGGCCACGCUCAAGGCUGCAGCAGAGCAUGCUCCAGAGGAAGACGUUCUGAAAGGCAAACAGUCCAUCAGGAGUUCAGUGCUGGGGAAUCUAAACUUCGAGACCGAGCUGCUCCUGGAGGAUGAUGACACUCUCUCAUCCCUGGAGGAGAAAGACCUGGAGAACCUAACAGGGCCUGUUAACCUGAGCACUAGCGCACAGCUGGUUGCACCCGCUGUAGUGGUAAAAGGCACACUGUCCAUCACAGCCCUGCAGUUAUACUUUGAAGUGGAUGAGGAAGACCCGAGCUUUAAGAACACUGAUCCCAAGAUCUUGGCAUACACUGAGGGUUUGCAUGGAAAAUGGCUGUUCACAGAGAUCAGAGCAGUUUUCUCUCGGCGAUAUCUGCUUCAGAACACUGUGCUGGAGGUCUUUAUGGCCAACAGGACUGCGGUCAUGUUCAACUUCCCCGAUGCAGCCACAGUAAAGAAGGUUGUGCAUUGUCUCCCCAGAGUUGGAGUCGGCACCAAUUUUGGCCUUCCUCAGACCAGACGUAUCUCUCUGGCCAGCCCUAAACAGCUCUACAAGGCCUCCAGCAUGACCCAGCGCUGGCAGAGACGAGAGAUCUCCAACUUUGAGUACCUAAUGUUCCUCAACACCAUCUCUGGCCGUACUUUUAAUGAUCUGAACCAGUAUCCCGUGUUCCCCUGGGUAAUCACCAACUACGAGAGUGAAGAUCUGGACCUCACCCUGCCCAGCAACUACAGAGAUAUGUCCAAGCCUAUUGGUGCACUCAACCCAAAGAGGGCUGCAUUCUUCUCAGAACACUUUGAGUCAUGGGAGGAUGAGCAGGUGCCCAAAUUCCACUACGGCACACACUAUUCCACUUCCAGCUUUACUCAGAUGUGGCUUCUCAGGAUUGAGCCUUUUACAACAUUCUUCUUGAAUUUCCAAGGUGGAAAAUUUGACCACGCAGAUCGCACAUUCUCUUCUGUGUCCAGAGCUUGGAGAAACUGCCAGAGUGACACAUCUGACGUGAAGGAGUUGAUACCUGAGUUCUGUUACCUCCCAGAAAUGUUUGUCAACUCCAGUAAUUACAACCUGGGAGUGAUGGAUGAUGGGACGGUGGUGUCAGAUGUGGAGCUUCCACCCUGGGCCAAGAGUCCUGAGGAGUUCAUACGCAUCAACCGACUUGCCCUGGAGAGUGAGUUUGUGUCGUGUCAGCUGCACCAGUGGAUUGAUCUGAUAUUCGGAUACAAGCAGCAGGGACCUGAGGCCAUCAGAGCUCUUAAUGUCUUCUACUACCUGACCUAUGAAGGAGCGGUCAACCUCAGCUCCAUAUCUGACCCCCUGCUCAGAGAGGCGGUGGAGUCUCAAAUCAGAAGUUUUGGGCAGAUGCCCUGCCAGCUGCUAAUUGAACCCCGCAGCUCUGCCAUGCAGGUGACCCCACUGAUGUUCACAGAGCAGAUGCAGCAGGAUGUCAUUAUGGUCCUAAAUUUCCCAUCCAACUCGCCUGUCACCCAUGUGGCUGCCAACACCGUCACCGUCACCGUCACCGCCAACCGCCUCUUCGCUGUCAAUAAGUGGCAUGGACUUACUGGUCAUCAAGGCUUCUCUGUGCAAGACCAGCAGUACCAGUUACCAGUGGAGAUUGACCCUUUGAUAGCCAGUAAUGUGGGCACUCACAGGAGGCAGGUCUCAGAUCUGUUAGAUCAGAGUAUCCAGGUAAAUGCUCAAUGUUUUGUCAUCAUGGCUGACAACCGAUUCAUCAUGCUCUGCGGCUUCUGGGACAAGAGCUUUUGCGUGUGCUCCACUGAUACAGGUAAACUGACACAGAUUGUGUUUGGGCAUCUUGAUGUGGUGACGUGUCUGGCCCGCUCUGAGUCAUACAUUGGUGGAGACUGUUACAUUCUCUCCAGCUCCAGAGACGCCACACUUCUACUCUGGUACUGGAAUGGCAAGCACAGCAGCAUCGGAGAGAACCCUGGGACAGAGUUUGUGACUCCUCGGGCAAUCUUGACGGGUCAUGACUAUGAGGUGACAUGUGCAAGUGUGUGUGCUGAGCUGGGACUGAUAAUCAGUGGGUGCAGAGAGGGUCCGUGUCUGAUCCACUCUAUGAACGGUGACCUGUUGAGGACUUUAGAGGGUCCAGGCGGCUACAUGCAGCCAUGUUUGGUUCUGUCUUCCACCGAGGGUCACUGUGUCAUUUAUUAUGACAAGGGCCACUUCUGUGUUUUCAGCAUCAACGGAAAACUCCUGGGACACAUGGAGGUGGAGGAUAACAUCAAGGCAAUGUUGCUGAGUAAAGAUGGACAGUAUCUGCUCUCUGGAGGAGAUGGAGGAGUUCUUUCUGUGUGGCAGAUUCAUGAUCUCAAACAGCUAUUCUCGUACCCAGGAUGUGAUGCUGGAAUCCGCUCCAUGGCUAUGUCACAUGACCAAAGAUGCAUCAUCACUGGUAUGGCAUCAGGUAGCAUUGUUCUCUUCUACAAUGACUUUAACAGAUGGCACCAUGAAUACCAAACUAGAUACUGACUUAAUGACAACACAGAGUGAACACAGCAACCAUGACAAUGAAACAGACAGAGCAAAGCCACUCUGCCAUUUUUCAAAAAGGCACUAAUACCAAUAGUCAUGAAUGUAUUCUACAUAUUUAAAGACAUUUUUUUAUAUAUAUAUUUUGUAGAUCUUUGGAUUUCUUAUUAUAUUAAUCCAAGGAAGAGGUUAUACUGUACACCUAAUAUUUGAAAAUAUGGGUCUGAGUAGGCAAUAGCUACAGUAAAUGACUACAGUAUAUUUACAUCUAGUGGCCAUUGAAUUUAAUAGAUUGCUUGUGUACUUUUGGGU